CACAUCACUUGAUAAACCACAAUCAACCUUAAUCCACAUCACUUGAUAAACCACAAUCAUUUCAAAAUCAGUCUAAUGGCAGCCAUGAAUUCCGGCGUUUUAGCUUGCAACUAUGCCAUCUCCGGCGUUGAAAGAAUUGAAUGACAAGAAGAGGCUGACAACCAGCGGCGCCAACUUCGCACGUGCCUACACCGUUCAGUUUGGCACGUGCAAGUUCCCGGAGAACUUCACCGGAUGCCAAGAUCUUGCCAACCAGAAGAAAGUUCCAUUCAUUAGUGAUGAUCUGGCCUUGGAGUGCGAAGGGAAAGACAAGUACAAGUGUGGCUCUAAUGUGUUUUGGAAAUGGUGAAAUGUGUAUGAGCUGACAACAUUUGUGUAUCUAUUUUGUGCUUCAAAAAAUUCAUUUUCUGAAUGCCCAUACUCUUAAUAUUGUCACAAUAUUUCCUUUAGUUUGUUCUAAUCCAGUGAAAACAACAAAACACAACGCGCAUCAAGUGCUAAGAAUUCCUUGUAAUCCAUUAAGCAAUACAAAUUUCUUGGCUACAAGGAAGAAUUGUCUACUUCCUAAAAAAUGAAAUCUUUACUAAUCUAAAGUGUAGUUUGGU